AACACAGUGAUAGUCUGACAUACUCCUAUGUGAACCAAGUGAAGUGAUAAAAUAUUCUCAAUCACCACAUUUCAAAUAUACACACACUCAUAUAAUAAUAAUAAUAAUAAAAAUAGCAUGAAUUGCCUCACAAUUACUUCAAGGUCUUAUUAUUAUUGUUAUUAUUCAGAGUUGCCUAUAUAUAGCCUUAAGUUUAAAACUUCAAUCUAUCCGAGGUCUGUUAAAAUAAAGCAGGGUUUGGCGAAUGUUAUCGAUUUUCGAGCAAGUUGUUGUUUAGCUAAGGCAACGCCUAGCCCGACACCUAGUACCAACAUGGAUGGUGCGGAAGAUGAGGUGAAAUCUGAAGAAUACAGUACAAACAUGACUGAAGCAAUGGGUGCUGUUUUGACUUAUAGGCAUGAACUUGGAAUGAACUACAACUUUAUUCGUCCCGACUUAAUUGUUGGGUCAUGUCUACAGACUCCAGAAGAUGUAGACAAGUUACGGAGUAUUCAAGUGAAUACCAUAUACUGCUUGCAACAAGACCCAGAUCUUGCAUAUUUUGAUGUCGACAUCAAUGCCAUUCGUGAAUAUGCCAGCACAUUUGAUGACAUUCAACACUUACGUGCAGAAAUAAGAGACUUUGAUGGUACUGAUUUGCGGUUGCGCCUUCCAGCUGUGGUGAGUAAAUUGCAUAAAGCUGUUAAUCGAAAUGGUGGAGUAACCUACAUUCAUUGCACGGCUGGACUUGGAAGAGCUCCUGCAACUGCUUUGGCAUACAUGUUUUGGGUUCAAGGUUAUAAGUUAAACAAUGCCCUCAGUCUACUCCUGAGAAAUCGUAAAUGUUUCCCAAAUGUGGAUGCUAUAAAAAGUGCCACAGCUGACAUUCUUACAGGUCUAAAAAAGAGAUCAAUUACAUUAACAUGGAAUGGUGAUACUUGUUCUACAGUAGAAGUAUCUGGACUUGAUGUUGGGUGGAGUCAGAAAAUUCCAUUAGAAUAUGACGAGAAGCAUGGUUCAUGGAUUCUUCAUAGAGAUUUGCUGGAGGGGCGUUAUGAGUACAAGUACAUAGUCGAUGGGGAAUGGAUGACCAAUACAAAUGAGCCGGUUACUUCUGUUAACAAGGAUGGCCAUAUCAAUAACUAUGUCCAGGUAGUUGAUAAAGACCCAGAGAGCAUAAGUGCUGCUUUGUGGACGCGAUUGGGUGCUGAUGAUUUUGAUUUAACGACCAACGAGAGAGAGAUCAUAAAGCAAUUUCUGGAUGAGUACCCAGACGAUGAAUAGGCCUGGCUACAAAUUCUACUAUCUGUAUAUAAUUUAGCCUUUACACAUUUAUGUAUGUGUAUAUAUAAGAUUUGCAGCAUGAUGACACAAGUUAAUGUGGUUGUGGUGUUAAAAGUUAUCUUGAUGUACCUAAAAUGGCGCUCAGUAUUUUUCACUACUAUUACCAAAAAUAUCCAUAAUGAAAUAAUUUACAAACUUUAUCUCUUAA